AUGCUGCACAUCUGGAAGGCCUCGGGGGAGGAGCUGGCAGCGGUGAAGUUGGAGGAUUUCCGGGAGGUCCGGGACCUGAAGAGGCACCUGCAGGGCCUCUGCGGGCUCCCCAGAUUCAGGCAGAGAUUGGUGUCAAAGAGCCUCGGGAUCCUGGAAGAUGACGAUACCUUGGACUCGCCGAUGGACCUGCAGUUGGUGUUGCUCGACUUCGCCAGCGCAUCGCAGGAGCAGGUGGACAGCGUCAUAUCUGCUGCCAAAGCUGGCCACGUGACUCUUGGUCUGAGGUUCGUGCUCUUCCUUUCUUGCCGCUGCAAAAAGAGGGGGGUAUUCGAAGCAGCUGCGGAAGUGGUCCUGAUUGCCCCAGACCCCGAAACCCCAAAUCUGAAACCCUGA